AUGUCAAGUUCAUACGCUCAACCAAUAGAUCACACUUCAAAUCAACAACAAGAUAAAUCAAACACCCAAAAUAAAAUACCCAAUCCAUCAGAAUCAAUACAAUCAUCAAUCAAAAAUGAAAUAAUAUUCCCUCAACAAACCACCAUAAAAGAUCAAGAAACAUUACAAGAAAUAAUAAUAGAUUCAAUAACUCAACAAAACGAUUUAACAGUAUUAUCAUCACAAAUAUCACCAGAAGAAAUCGUUACAAAUUCAGAUAUAUCAACAACAAAUGAAAUAAUUGAACAAAGUCGAGUAUUAGAAGCUCAAGAACAAAACCUAAAAAAAUGGGGUUAUUUUUUAGACAUAUUAAAGAAAUCAUCAAUAAAUAUUAUACUACCAUUUAUUAAUGGAUUAAUGUUGGGAUUUGGAGAAAUAUUAGCUCAUGAAAUUGGGUUUAAAUAUAAUUGGAUUGGUGCUAAAGUUGAACCUGCUAGACGUUUACAACAAAGACGUAUUGAUUUGGAUCAACAACAUGAAAAAGUUAGGGUUAAUGGGGCUAGAUUUUUGUAA